UGUGUGUGUUAGGUGUAAAUUUUAGGACAAAUACACUAAAUAUAGACCAUAAACAAAAACAUUUUUCUUGGGUAUGGAACGCGUUCGAAAUACUCGUCUUCUUAGGCUAGUUUCUGGAGGUAAAAAUAAAAAACGCAAAAUCAAUUUGAAACAUGUGGUUGCAGAAAAUAACGGGAACAUAUCUCUAUUGUCGAUGACGGAUACAAGCUCUAUAGGUAGUGAUUUAUCAACAUGUCCAGUGCAUUGUACACCAGAAGAAUGCUUUCUGGAAGCAGCUUCAAAAGGCAAACAACAGGAAUUCCAGAGAUUGUACGUAGAAAAUCCAGAGAGACUUCACAUACAAGACACUAAUGGUAACACAGCACUCCAUCAUGCCUCCACCAAUGGACACCUAAAUAUCGUAGAUUUUAUCAUUCAACAUGAUGGAGAUAUUAACGCUAAAAACAGCACUGGUGACACCCCCCUACAUGAAGCUGUGAGGAAUGAACAAACCAUCAUAAUAGACUUUCUUCUGAAAAAUGAAGCUGAUUCAACCAUUCUCAAUGAUCUUCAGAUGGCACCUAUACAUCUAGCUGUAGAUUGUGAUUCCCUCAAAUCAUUAGAGGCUUUAUUGAAACAUAAAAGUAUCAAUAUAAAACAAGCUGGAGAAUCAGGAUUUACACCUCUCCAUUACUGUGCUGAUAAAGACAAAGCGGACUGUGCUAAACUGUUGCUUAAACAUGGAGCCAAACCAUGUAUAAAGUGUAACCAUGGAUACUAUCCUAUUCAUAUUGCUGCACGAGCGGCUGCUGCUACGACAUUAGAUGUUAUCAUAAAAUAUGUUGAAGCACUUGGUUACACAAGAGCUGAAGUUCUGUCUUUUGAAGACAAGGAAAAUAAUACAGCCUUACAUUCAUCUGUCAAUAGCGGUUAUCCGGAGGCUGUGAGAGUAUGUUUGAAUGCAGGCGCACCAGUAGAUGCACAGCAAGAAGACAAGUCAACGCCGUUACACUUUGCCUGCGCUCAAGGAGGUUUGGAAAUGAUCAAGAUUAUGUAUGAAAUACAGGAAAGUAAAUUUUUAUCAGCAAUGAAUACAACAGACAUCCUGAAAAUGACACCUCUCCAUCGGGCUGCUUUGUUUAAUCACGUGGGUGUUGUUGAAUACCUAUUGGACAAGGGAGCUGAUAUCAAUGCUCUAGAUGUUAAUGACAGGACUCCAUUGUUUGUUGCUGCCUCAAAAAGUGCCUGGAGUACUGUGAACUUGUUGAUUAAGAGAGGAGCUAACAUAGCACUAAAGGACGAAAAGAGUAGAAACUUCUUACACGUCAUUAUAAAAGGAGGAGGAAGUCUCAAUAUGUUUGAAGACGAUGUUUUCAAAAACGUGAAGAAUCUCCUGAACGAGACUGAUAACAUUGGUUGUACACCCCUUCAUUAUGCCACACGUGAGGGACAACUGAAUGCUAUUGACACCUUGAUGAGUAUGGGAGCACUAUUAAACCUCAAAAAUAAACAGAAGCAAUCACCUCUCCACUUUGCAGCAAGAUAUGGACGUUAUAAUACAUGUAAACGUCUUCUGAACAGUAAAGAAGGUCCAGGGAUUAUCAAUGAGGUGGAUGAAGAUGGACUUACAGCACUGCAUCAUGCCGCUAAAAAUGGACAUGUUAAAAUAAUUACACUACUGAUGCAGAGAGGAGCAUAUGUUACUAAGGAUCAUGAAGGUAACACACCUCUACACAUGGCUGUCAUACAUGGCUACACCAGAAGUAUGAGAUGUAUUCUGAAUGUCCAUGGUAACCUAAUGGAUUCUCAAAACAAUGCUGGGAAUACAGCUUUGCAUGUAGCGUCUCAAGUUGGACAAGUACAGGCAGUGACACUUCUAUUGAGCGCUGACGCUAAGAUUGUGCUGAAUGAAAAUGGGGGAACAUUUUUUGAUCUGGCGAUUGACAACAAACACACAGACGUUGCAACUGCUGUAGUAAAACAUAACAGGUGGAUUGAAGUAUUGCACACAUGUUCAGAUGCAGGUUGUGGUAUGAGCCGUUUGAUAGAGCAUUUGCCAGAAGUUGGCAUGGUUGUGUUGGACAACUGUCAAAAAAUAUCCAAAAGAAAUGAAAAACCGGAAGGUUGUAAAGUCAGAAAUUCAUAUAUUGACUAUGAUUUCCAAUUUCUGCAGUGUCCAUAUACUUAUACCAAAACAAAAGAAAAUACAGGAGAAGAAAUUCAGCCAAUGUAUGCAUUGAAUCUCAUGGUGAAGUUUGGUAGAGUUGAGUUAUUAUCUCAUCCCGUUUGUAAAGCCUAUCUAUCCAUGAAAUGGCUAGCCUAUGGAGUUUGGCUGUAUUCUAUCAACUUUAUUUUGUACAUUGUUUUUCUUGUAAUGUUGACAUAUAUGGUAACAUUACCAUGUUUUAACAACUAUUCACCCAACAGUACCAAUACUACCAACUAUACUUUAAAGAAAGGUGUUCAUUCUUACACCUGUCACCAGACGGGCAUGGGUUUAGAGAUGGGCAAAUGGAUAGUUCUUCUUUUCACAGUUCUUAAUAUUCUGAAAGAGAUAUUUCAAAUGGUUCAACAGAGAGUCAAAUAUUUCACUGACCUUAACAACUUAUUAGAAUGGGUGUUGUAUGUUUCAUCUGCGUUGUUCGUGACACCUGUUUUGUUUGGCUACAGUGAUCAUCUAAACACAGAAGCGGGGGCGGUUGCUAUAUUUUUGGCUUGGUUUAAUUGUCUCCUAUUUCUUCAGAGAUUUGAUGUAUUUGGGAUCUAUGUGAUCAUGUUUCUAGAGAUAUUAAAGACCUUACUACAAGCAUUGUGUGUUUUCUCAUUACUAAUCGUAGCCUUUGGACUUUCCUUCUUCCUUCUACUGCGGAAUGAGACUUCUGAAGCUUAUUCUAGUCCUGGAUUAUCUUUGCUGAGGACUGGGAUGAUGAUGUUGGAGCUUGACUAUAUGGUGUCGUUUAAUGAACCCUAUACUGACAGUGAUGAGACGACAUUGCCAUAUAAAGCACCAACAGUUAUACUACUCAUUGUAUUUGUACUGAUCAUGCCUAUCUUACUGAUGAACCUAUUGAUUGGUUUAGCUGUUGGUGAUAUUGAAGCAGUUCAAAAAGAUGCUACUUUGAAACGACUUGCAAUGCAGGUUGAGCUGCAUACUGACUUCGAGAGACGAUUACCUAAGACACUGUUGGAGCGAGUGGACAAAGUGAACAUUAGAGUGUAUCCCAACUGUAGGACGAGUAUUCUAUCAAGUCUUUGGUCUAAGAUGACCUGGCAAAAUGCAAACGAUGACCCAUCAAGACUACCAAAAGAAAAUGCCGAGCUGGCUAUGGAACUAAUGAAACAAAAAGCUAAAAUUAAACAGUUGACAAGUUUUGUUGAGAAGAACCAUGAAUUACUCCGUUUGAUAGUUCAAAAGAUGGAAAUAAAGACAGAAGAAGAUCACAUGGAUGAAGGAGAAGUCAUGACUAGAGAUGAACUCCAGUGUAAAGCCGCUUGUAAGAAUAAUAAGUGGAAGUCUGCAAACCUUCAGAAAAAUGUUAAACAAAGUAUGGUUGUAUCAAAAUGGAAGCAGGUAUCUACAGAGAAAAGAGAUAAUAAAACAGAUUGUUAAAGCUGUUGUUAUGUUUACAGGUUAUAUCUUCUGUUUAACAUAAUAUGAAUCAUGAAAUGAACUUAUGUUGUUUUGCUUACACUUUAAGUGACUUAAGCACAGUUUAGAACACAGUAAAGUGCUGUCGACCAAUGAAAUCGUAGGAUUUCGGGUUUUUUUAUUGUGAAGAAUAUGUUGUAAAAAAAGUUCUUACUGAGGAAAUAUCCUAUUGUUUACUUACAGUCAAAGCUCAUAAAAAAAUGUCUUAUAAUGAAUUACAACUCGCCCGAAACUCAAUAAUCAGAUUGACAAGAUUUGUGAUUCUACUCGAUUAUUGCCAUUAAUAUUAAACAAAUUGGAUUGAAGGUACCAAACGACAAUUAAAACUUAUAUAAGAUAGACCGAUGAUACCAUGGCAAAAACAAAACCACGGCCGUCACUCGGCUAACCGAGAGAUUGGUCGGUUAAUCUAUAUUGAGUAUGCGGCUAUAUCGGCGGUUGGUCUGUUAAUUGGGUUGGCUAAAGUCUGUUAAUCAGGUGUUAUCGAGAAAAUACUUGCAAGUUCAGUAUGUUUCAUUGUAUAACUUUUUAAAUAUAUUUUUUAUCAUAAAAAUUAUUCAUGUCUGACAAAACAAUUCAAUGUACUGAAUCCAGUGGUGUAAUUAUUUUUUUUCUAGCUUCGAUAAACAAUCAAUAAAAUGAAAAGGCGGGUUACUCACCAAUAAAUUUAUACACAUUUUACACACACAAAAUGUACACAAAAUGACAACUUGGCUGAAUUUACUUGCAUGCAAUAUUUUGAACAUCGAAAAAAGACAGGCAUUAUGUUUGUUAACCAUAUUAAUAUCAUUGUGUGAAAAAUCUACACGAAAAUCUGUAUUUUGGUGAUAUUAAUCAACUUUUAUUAAAAACCUCGUCUGUUAAUGGGUCGGAUGCAUAAAACCCGGUCUGUUAUUUGGUCUGUUAAGAGUUAUGAAGGCAAUGAAUUCUGUUUCGUUGUUAUGAAUGACACCAAAUUGUCAUCUACAUUGGUAACCAGUAUAUACAUCAUUUUUAUAGUUCGUUCUUAUGUUGUACUGUUAUACCACUGUCCCAGGUUAGGGGAGGGUUGGGAUCCUGCUAACAUGUUUAACCCCGCCACAUUAUGUUUGUAUGUGCCUGUCCCAAGUCAGGAGCCUGUAAAUCAGUGGUUGUCGUUUGUUUAUGUGUUACAUAUUUGUUUUUCGUUAAUUUUUUUUAUAUAUAAAUAAGUCCGUUAGUUUUCUCGUUUGAAUUGUUUUACAUUGUCAUUUCGGGGCCUUUUAUAGCUGACUAUGCGGUAUGGGCUUUGCUCAUUGUUGAAGGCCGUACGGUGACCUAUAGUUGUAAAUUUCUGUGUCAUUUUGGUCUCUUGUGGAGAGUUGUCUCAUUGGCAAUCAUACCACAUUUGCUUUUUUUAAAUCAGAGAUAAACGUCGUAAUGUAACUAAACAUCAGUAAGUAAAAUAUAUUGGGAUGCUAAAAUAUAAAGAAUAGAGAAAGAAUAAUGAGAAAAAUAAAUAAAAUUUAGAGAAAAGUGACAUAACAAUUUAAAGAAUACAGAAAUAAACAACACCCCCAAUCCGGACCCUCAUGGUAUACUUGAGAAUCUGGAUGGAGACGCAGAAUAUAGAAUAAUAGAUAAGGACAGUAGAGAGUGAUGCAUUGCUAAAAAAGAGAGAAAAAUAACAAUUGUUUAAGAAUACAGACAUGAAACACCCCUUUUUACUAUUUAGACCCUCCAAGAUGAUUGUUAAAACAAUUUUGGCAUUUAUUCCACAUCUCCUUAUUUUUAAAUUAAUAGUAUAAUAUAAGACAACGAUAUCUAUAUAGAUGCUUUGCAAUUUUUAUACUGUAUAUCACUUUAUGUUAUUUGAGACUGGAGUCCGAUAAACAUUGGCCUCCUGUCAACCGCUGAAUCUGAUAGCUCAGUAAAUAUUGUAAAGUGCAAACAAAACAAAAUUUCAGGGGGAGGGGGUGGUUGAAACAGUAACGGAUUGCGAUGUACUCAAAUUAGAAUUUUACAAGCGCACAACUGCAGUUCUCCUCUGCACUUAUGUAGAAAGGAACUAAACGGAAUAAAAUGAAUUAAAACUUAAGAUAAUCAAAUGUAGCUGCAUUCGCUUCUUUCCAUUUACUUCUUUAGAAUGUUUUGUAAACAACAUAUGAUUAAGUAAUAGAACAAAAGAACUAAUUGGAUGAUGCUGACGAAUUAGGGUUUAAUGUCCAGUGGCAAAUAUCAUGUCCAUAUGAGAACGACAACACGUUAUAUGUACCCGGUGUUGUAUAAGACAGACACUUUCAGUCGGAUUUUUGAACGUGCUUCUUUGAACAGACACAAAAAUCAAGGCUGAUUGAAACGUUAAUAAUAAAUUCAUGCAUAUUCUAGCGGCCAAUCCAUAUCACGCUAUAUUGCAGUGACACACCUUUCAAUAAAAUGCAAAGAAAAUCAAAAUAAAAAUGCUCUUACUACAAGGAUACUGUUGCACCGUAUUGUUAUUUUUUUUUACUCAAGUACAUCUCAUUCUUAACUUUUUUAAUGGGAAAUUAUAAACUUUUUUUAAGGUAGCAAAACUAUUGUCGUGGCUAAAUAACUCUUAACUGACACAAUUUUAAUUGUCCAACCCAUUAACAGACUUUAUUCCCUUAAUAGUCACUAAAACGUGGUAUUACUCACGUUAUAUUACAAUUAUGAAAUAUUUACUAAUGUCAAUUUAUUUUUUAGAACCAAAGUACUAUUCUGUGUCCUUUAAAUGAUAUCUAAAAUUGUUUGUUUCGCCUUUUAUUAAAACAAUUGCUAUGCGUAUAAGCAUAAAUACCACAUACUUGCACGACGCCUUUUAGUUUUACUGAAGUUGUCGCAGACUAUGAAAUGUUUUUACAGGUGGAAAAUGUUCUAUGAUAGAUAUCAUUUUGUCAGACACUUUUCUUUUUUUUAAUUGGUUCUUAUAAUAUGCCAAAAAUCUGUAUAUUUAACAGAGUUGAACAUUUAAAUUGUGCGUUUUACUAUUAACAGACGUAUAACCGAGCCGAUUAACAGACCAACCGCCCAUAUAGCCGCAUACUCAAUAUAGAUUAACCAACCAAUCUCUCGGUUAGCCGAGUGUCGGCCGUGAAAACAAAGACAAACAAUGAAAUGGCGAUUAACAGUCUACAAAUGGAUACAAGCAACUAUAGGCCUGUAACAAUGAGCAAAAACGAUAUUGUAUAGUAAGCAAUAAGUGUUUUUUUUUAAUUAUGAGCAUGAAAGUAAAUCAUUUUAUUUUUUUAAAUGAUCUUUUAUUUAUUUAUAAGUCCAAAUAACAAAAUUUACAGGAUACAUGUCAUAAAAUUUCCUUGUACUGUUGUGUCAUUUGAUGUCUACACUUUAACUUUAAAAAAAUAUUGGAAAUUUCCAUUACCACUAAGACUAGGAAAUAGCUAAAAACUAAAGCUUAAAAAGAAUGUCAUUCAAUAAAUCUGUUCGUAUCUUAAGGGUUCUAAAAUUAAAGAUAUUAAAAUGCAACAUGGUUAAAAGAUUGCCUGGAUGAACGAAUUCUUUCAUAAACAUGUUACAUGAUUUUUAUUAGUUAAUUCGAGUACUUUUAGAUCUGUACUUUGUGUGUUUUGUAAGAGUUUGUUGUGCUUUGUAUCGAUCUGAUGAGUUAAGCCUUUUCAACUGAUUUUUAUAGUUUGUUUUUAUGUUGUACGGUUACGCUACUGUCCCAAGUUAGGGGGAGGGUUUGGCGCCAACAGACAUGUCUAAUCCCGCCACAUGCUGUAUGAGCCUGUCCCAAGUAAGGAGCCUGUAAAUCAGUGGUUGUCGUUUGUUGCUGUAUAUCAUAUUUGUUUUUCGUUUAUUGUUUUGCACAUUAAUCAGGCCAUUGGUUUUCUAGAUCGAAUUGUUUUACAUUUGUCAUUUUGGGGCCUUUUAUAGCUGACUAUGCGGUAUGGGUUUUGCUCAUUGUUUAAGACUGUAUGGUGACCUUCUAUGUCAUUUGGUCUCUGGUGGAGAGAUGUCUCAUUGGCAAUCAUAUCAUCUUAUUUUUAUAUAUUUUCAUUAUUUCAUUUUUAAAGUUUUUAAAACGUUUUAUAAAUAUGUUUGUGAUUGCUUCGUGUAGCUAAGUGUAAUGAAAAUUAUGUUAUUUUACGAAACAUUCCUUUAAGCUUUUCUAUAGCCUUGAUUUUCCAUAAAACAUAGUUCUAAGACAUGAUGAUCAAUCAGUUUUAACGCGAUAUAUUUUACUGUCGACAUCUGUCACAAUGGUUUACCCUGUGUAAGCUUACAUCAGUCUAAAAGACAUUUAUACCUUUGAAAGGUUGCAAAGAUUUAAUUUAAAAACUAUUUCAAAUGUAAAGCACAAAUAAUGUGUGCCUUGCUUAAUGAUGUUUCGUUUCAGCAGCCCGGAUUAAUAAAUAAAAAAGAGAGAAAAAAAUAUAUAAACUACCGCAUUCCUUUGGUAGACUUUCUUUCAAAACUAGGUCAGAAGUAUGUUUCCGCUUUCAUUAGUUUACACAAAAUGUUUGAAAAGUUUGUACAGAAAUAUUUUGUAUUUAUGUGUGCCAUGCUUUAUGAUGUCUCACUGAUGUAUGUGAUAUUUUACGUUGUUAUGUUGCCUUGUUGUAAUAAAUCUCUAUUUGUUGUUA